AUGGGUUCUGCUGAGGAGUCGUCGAGUGGGUUUCCCUCUCCAGACCUCGUGGGGCCCCCCGGUGGGGCACUGGGUGAAGAAGGCUCUCCAAUGGAAGCAUCUGGGCCCCCAGGAGGUCCUCAUGAGGAGGACACCUGUAGCGAGGUGAGCUCCAUGUCCGGAGAUGAGCCUCUCUCUGCCGAAGAAAAGCUGGCUAUGGCCAUAUCUCUGAAGGAUGCCGGCAACGCCCUCUUUAAGGAGGGGCAGUACGAACAGGCGCUGCAAAAGUACAAGGAGGGGGGGAAGCGGGUGAAGGGUUCGAGCAGCUCCGAGGCAAUCGCUGUGUCAGUACAGCUCAGCAGCAAUAGUUGCAUGUGCUGUUUGAAGCUAGAAAAGUGGCAAGAGGCAGUAGAGGCCGCCAAUGGAGUUCUCCAAAAGGAACCUAAGAAUUUAAAGGCCCUCUACCGCCGUGCCCUUGCAAAGAGCAACCUGGGCAGCUUGAGCAGUGCCAGAGACGACCUGAUGGCCGUCCUUGCUGUUGAUAAAGCGAACGCGGAUGCACGGAAGGAGCUACAUAAACUCCGAGAAAAGAUUCAGGCAGCUAAAGAGGGAGACAAGAAGGUGGGCUUUCUGGGUGUGCAUUGUCGUGCAGAGAAGGGCGAAUCAGAGGAGGAUUUCGAUACGUGGCUUACGAGGACGAAAGAGGCGGAAGAAAAGGAAAGAGAAGAAAAGCAGAAGCAGCAAGCCAAGUCGGGUACUCCUCUGGGCGGCUUAAAAAGGCGUGGCAGCAAAGACGGCGGGGGCAGUGGCAGCAACAACAGCAGCAGCGUGAUGGAGGUUGAUGAGGAGGACGCUGCAAUCAUCAACGAAACAAAGAAGAUGGACGUGAGUCCAUGGGCACGCACGCGUUUCGCCGAGAGGUUGCAGGAAGCAGCAGCGAACUGUGGUAGCGCUGGUAUGCCGUCUCCGGAGGCCCUUUUAGAGGUCUGCCGCAAAGCAACUGAGGCGCUCGGAUCUGGUGGAGUGAAGGAUGAGCAGGCGGUGCAAGAUGUCCUGAAGGGAUGCUAUUCCACCAAAAUAGAGACCUUGAAUGUUCAGGACGUAUCUGGGGAUGCGCAUUUAGCGGUUGUUAGGGGCAGCAGGAGGGUUUUCUUCGACAUGAAGUGCAGCAUCAAGCUCAAGGUCUCCUGCUCUAGCGCAGGCCCUCUGGCUCUCCCUGGUGACGAUAACAGCGUUCUCAAGGAGGGAAUUGGAGGAUAUGAAUCGAAGGGGACUUUGACGCUGCCGGAUGUCAGCAGCGCUGAUGGCAGUGGCAUGUCUUGGUUACAGGGGUGCUCUGUCUCCCUCUCUUCGGCCCCCUCACCCCUCUUGAAGCCAUUGGUCGAUGAAGCAUUGGCCAUGUACAAGGAAUCUGUGGCGGAGAAAAUUCAGGCAUUUUUGGACGACUGCAAGGCCCUCCCCUGA